AUGUCUCAGUCGAGUAAUCAACCAGACGGUCAGGCAUUACUGCAGUCUAUGUUGGAGAGACUGAAACUCCAGCCUGGAAGAGAGAGGGACGCACGUGAACAUUCGGAUGAACCGCUCCCCCCUGUCCCCACAUGUGGGGCAGAUGGAGUGAAAGAAAGAGAAGAUGUUACGAAAGGUUAUGUGCUUGGUGUUCGUGCAAAAAGAUUUGAGGGGUCUUCUGUGGAUAACAGUUUUAGCCCGAAAGAUGAAGAGAGACUUCAGCCAGUUCGUGGCUUUGAAAAGUACAGAGGUAACUUUUUCUUCCCGCCGCAGAGAGAUAACAGUCCAAUGGGGGUAAACAUGGUGUCGGGGAAUGUCAAUUCCCCUCAGAUCUCCAAUGCGUCAACGGGGCAACACUUUUCGGCAAAAGCUCUUUCUUCCUUAGGGAGAACUGAUUCUGGGGUCCAACAGGAUAACAUAUCUGGAAAUAAAGACCUGGACCAUGGCUUUAAACACAAAGUCCAUGACUGGUCAUGGGGAAGCACUGAUUUUACAGCGGACAAUCAAGGGAAUAAAGCGUUUCAGGCUGAAAACGGAGAACUCGGAGAUUUGUCUAAAUGGAAAGACAUGCAAAUGAUCUCUCAAAAAGGCAGCAUGACCAAGAGAAAGCAACGAUCAUUUGAAAACAAAGGAAAGAGAUGGACUCACAAACUCAAGGAGAGAUGGCUAGAAAGGAAAGGAAAAGAUGACUCCAAGGAGGAUGAUACAAACACGAGCUCAGCACAAAGCCCUCUCAUCAACACAACAUAUCAAAACGCAGAAAUGACCGUCCCAUCGCUAGGCAGCAGUGAGACCCCGACAGCACAAUCCGAGGACGACACGACUGACGCAUUUAUCAGAUCAAGCGAUGACUUUCAAUUUAGCUUCAGCUCAGUCAGCUUGUUGGAGGAGAUUGUCUCGGGCCAAGAGUGGGCCAAGUUCCUGAACACUGCCUCGUCAGACUCCUCAACCAACCAGAAAUCACCAGAGAAGACACUGAGCAGGCCGGAUCUCACACCUAAACCAAGUCAUAAUGGUCCAUCCAAUUUUGCUACCCACCAAACAGGAGGUGGGAACAAACAGUGGAGCUUCAAGGCCAGUGAGCCGCCGCCGGUUCAUAAUGAUCCUGUCAAUGCAAACUUUCCGGACGAGCUUGCACAGAACAGCACAGCACACAGGGAGGCUGAUCAAUCGGAGCCAAUGGAACAAGGUCAAAGUCAACCAUAUGUGCAACUGAAGCAGAGUGGACUCACACAACCAAAAACUUACUAUGUGGAGCGAGCAGACAUUUUGGAUGACUCACCGCCGACCAGCAGAGUCAACAGGAAGCGACAACACCACUCCGCUGAGACGUCUCAAAUGGGUUGGGGAGGAGAGGGACAACAAAGACAAGGAGAAGAGUUGCCAAACAGCGAUAAGACAGAUGGUGCAGAGCAGAAUAACACCCCAGCUUUCUUUGGCCCGAAUGGAUAUUCAGCACCUCCUGUUCCCUCCCAUUUUUCUCCUUGUGGUUCUGUGCCCCGGGGUGUCCUCAGACACUCCACAUCCUGGAAUUUCGAUUCCUUAUGGGGAGGCAAAAGGAGACGAGUGGAGCCCAAGAGGCGGGUGCAUUUUGCAGAGACGGUUCAGGAGAUACCACCGAUUGAAGUAGUUCUGGAUACUUGGGACACUGAGGAGGAAUCUGGAACAGAACUGGGGAUUGGAUCAGAGGAAGAGGAGGAGGAGGAGAAGGAGGAGCGCAAGGCAGCAGGGGAACAGAAGGAGGUGCCGGCACGCCGACCUGCUCUUCCUGCUUGGAUACGGGCCCUGAAGAGAAAGAACACUGGCAGGAAGCACAGUUCGUAAUUAUGCCAGUGAAACCUGUCUUUUGCUCACUUUUUUACACCAUUUAAACACACUUGUCUAUGGGAACCCAUACAAUAUAUGCAUCAAAAUUGUGCCUUCACAAAGAUAAUAAUGCACAAUUUUGAUAGACACAAAAAGGUAUUAGCUGAACAAUGUUUAUUAUUAUGGUUGUUUACAGUGGUGUAGAAUUGUACUGCAUCAUAUUGAGAGCUGUGCAGUAUUUUGGUUACCUCAUCCAGUUACUGAAGUGUUACAUUAGUGAAUUUCCUUUGUGGGUGAAUAAAGUAUCUAUCUAUCUAUCUAUCUAUCUAUCUAUCUAUCUAUCUAUCUAUCUAUCUAUCUAUCUAUCUAUCUAUCUAUCUAUCUAUCUAUCUAUCUAUCUAUCUAUCUAUCUAUCUAUCUAUCUAUCUAUCUAGAUAGAUAGAUAGAUAGAUAGA